UGGAAAACCCCCCUCCACCAUCUUCUACCAUGUUGCAUAUCGAAUUCAACAGCGCUCUGCUCUUCCACAGAAAGCACACAAACCCACAACAGAUUUCAAGAAUUCAGUUAUCCUCGAAUGGUUGGCGCCAAAAAAAUCAUAAAACAGUUGAAGAAUUCAAAACCAUGGUAAUUUCUUCAAACCCAUUAGCCCCAGAACUCCACAUUUCCUCCCAUCAACAACCCUACCCUUCUAUUCCUUUCUCCACAGGCCCCAACAAUGUCAUCCUACCAAUUAACCGCCGCCACCUCCUGGCUUCACUUUCUGUGGCCGUUGCCCCCUUCUUUACUUCUCAACCACCGGAUGCAGGUGCUCGCGGCCUCUUCCAGAUGCCUCCGGCUCGCCUCACUAAUAGGUACUAUUUGGUCAGGGCUGGGGAAUCGGAAUUUGAAAGCAUGGGGAUAAUUAACACGAAUCCAGUUGCCAAGACCUCAGUGGAUAGUGGGUUGUCGGAGAGAGGGAAGAAGCAGACAGUGAGGGCAGCUUUUGAAUUGAAGGCCAUGAAGGCUUGUGAAGGGAGCUGCUGGAUAUGGCCUUCUAUUACCCAGAGAGCUUACCAGGCCGCAGAGAUCAUUGCUUCCGUAAACGGGGUCACCCGGAGUUUCAUAGUUCCAGAGUACAGCUUUCUGGAUGCCCGUGGACUGGGAGCUUUUGAAGGCAAGAACUUGGAAUCUGUUUCUGAAGUGUAUGCAUCUGAUAGUAUUUCCCCGAGCAUCAAGCCACCUCCAAUUAAUGAUGGAACCCCAAAUGAGAGUGUUGAAGAUGUGUUUGUUCGUGUGACACAGCUGAUGUCAAUUCUUGAAACUCAGUACUCUGGGGACACGGUCAUCAUCGUCUCACCAGAUUCUGACAACUUAACAGUCCUUCAAGCUGGUUUAGUUGGGCUUGAUUUUCGAAGGCAUAGGGAUCUUUCUUUUGGUCCUGGUGAAGUCAGAUUUGUCGACAUCAAUAGUAUACCUACUUACAAGCAACCUGCAUCUGCUGUAUAUAAGUGUCUAAAUCCACCAAGCUGUAGUGGCCACUUUUUUUUUUUUAGGUCAGCUGUGGAAGUAUGUGUUGGCGUAGCAUCAGAGGGCCAGCAAAGCUGACGGAAUGUCCAAGGUCGGCAGAUAUAGAUUGGGUGUCUUACAUCAUAUGUUUUUAUAUUCUUAUUGUUGAACUAUCUAGAUAUAUAUGCCCUUUGCAGCUUCCAAAGUACUCUUGGAGGUAGUUUAGUUUAAGCCAACCCCCUUUUGAAUGUGUGCUCUCUGAAUAAUAGUGUCGGGAUAGGAUCCGCAUCCAUCCAAGUAUAAAUUCAUUUUCGGUCCACGUAUAUGACGGACAAAGGGCUAUCUGGACCGUAUCUAUAUUCAUUGCGUAAAGUAAUAAAGUGCGUAAAGUAAUAAAUGUUCUGAACCAUUA